AUGUCAGACGAUGAGUUCGGCGGCCCGGAUGGCCCACCCGGCAGCGCCGGCGGAGACCGCGACAAGCGUGCACCGCGCUUCAGCUGGACGCCCGCCUACGAGGCCACCUUCUUCCGAUCCCUUUGCGACUCGGUCCAGCUAGGCUUGCGCGAGAAUCACUCCUUCAAGGCCGAUGCUUGGGAUCGUGCCGCCACCGCUCUUCGCGAGAAGCACGGCGCAUACCCGACAAAGAGCCAUCUCGUCAACAAGUCGGAUAAUGCGCGCAAGAAAUUUCGUCUCUGGCGUGGCCUUCGCGAGGACCCCGAGUUCCUCUACAACCCGACCACCCGUACCGUCACCGCUUCCGAGGAGGCCUGGAAGGCGCAUAUCGAGAAAGAGCCGUUAUCGCGCGCGCUACGUGGUCGGCCGUUCGAUCAUGAGCAGUUCAUGGAAAUCCUGUACCCUGACGUCGUCGGUUCCGGAGGUGCUCCUAAACGUAUCAUGAAGCCGAAGCGAAAAGGCCCCGAUGUAAUCCAAGGAUCUGAAGACCCGGAUAUGCCGGGCACCGCAGUACUCGAUCUUCAGGUUGAGCCGCCUUACGGAACCCCUUCGCAAACGGGCAUUAACCACCAAGUACAGCCUCGCGGCUCCGUAAGCCAGUCUCCCGUAGCACAAGUCCAACAACCCAUGAUACCCCAACAGCAACAGCAGCCUCAGCAGCAGCAACAACAACAACAAAUACAGCAGCAGCAACAACAGCACCAGCAACCACAACAACAACAACAACAACAACAACAACAACAACAACAACAGCAGCAGCAGCAGCAGCAGCAGCGGCCCACCUCCACCGCGAUUCCGCCUAGGACGCAUAUCGCAGGCACGAGCGCUUUGACGCCCCCCGAGGAAACCGCCACAGGACGCAAGAGAUUCCCCCAACCAACAUCGACAUCCGACACUGGCGGCAAGGCCCCAACGGCGCCCAUGGGGCCACCGGCGCAACCGGCAGAGAAGCGCCGGCGGGUGUCGGGCUACACGAACCCCGCGCAGGCAUCAGGGCCAGGCGCAUCAAACAGCCACAGCCACAACCACAGCCACGGCAACGACGCGACGACGGCAUCCAUGGUCUCCGCCGGCAAGCAGCUGAUGGAGGACGGACUGAUCAAGAUCGCCGACGCUCUCCGCGGCCGGAGCCCACCACGGUGGCCCGAGCAGGCGAUUGACAUCUUCUUCCGUGACUUUUCCGACGAAGACAUGGACCUGCAGCUCAAGAUUGCUGAAAAGGCACUCGCGGAUGACAACAAGGCCAUGAUCUUUUGCAAGAUGUCGCCGGCGCUACGCAAGCACUGGGUCAAGCGUCUGAGAGAGUUGCACAACAACAGCCGCAACGCGUAG